AACCCCCAACACAGCUCGCGCGUCCAUAAAUUUGGAUCCGCCGCCGACGCCUCUCCCUGCCUCCGGCGCGCCCCCCUCCUCCUCCCCUCCUCGCCUCAAAUCCUAGCCCGCCCAUGGCGUCGCCGCCGCUCCCCGGCUCUUCCUCCUUCUACUCAAGCGAGGGCGAGCUCGCCUGCUUCCCGUACCCGUCGUUCGAAUGGGGGGGAGCCGGCCGCCGCGUCUCUCCGUACCACCCGCCGCCGCCGCAAACCCUAGCCCAUGACGUCGCCGCCGCCUCCCUCCUGACCCCUCGCGCGUCACCCACCUCGCCUCCGCCCAUCGCGUCGCCGCCGCCUCCUCCCGAGCCCGCGCCCGGCUUUUCCUUCUGCCCGACCGACAGCGAGCUCGUCUCCUUCUACCUCCGCCCAAGAAUCUCCGGCCAGCCCCUCCCGGACGCCACCAAGCAGUUCUUCCACGAGGCAGACGUAUACGCCACAGAUCCGGCCUCCCUCGUCUCCGGCCGCCUGCCAGGCCCGGCGAGGGCUCAAGGCGAGAGCAAGAACUGGUACUUCUUCAGCCUCGUGAAGCCCAGGAGCGCCCAGGACGUCCGCAAGUGCCGGAUCGUCGGAGGAGGCAAAGGCACGUGGAAACAAGAGCGAGGGAAUGACGUCGUCGGCGCCGAGGGCCACGCCGUCGGGCGCUUGGAGAAGUUCACCUACACGCCCAGUCCCAAGGAAGACAAGAAGCCGCCGGAGGGGCUCAUGAUGGAAUUCAGCGUCGGCCAAGAAGACGGCGGCGAGCCGAGGCCGGUUCUUUGCCUCUGCAAGAUCUACCAGAGCCCGCGGUUCCUCAAGUUCGCCUCCAAGAACUCGGUGUCCGCGCGCAAGAGGAAGACGCCGGACGACGGCCCUCGUCUUUCCCCGCCAUCUCUGCACGCGUCUGCGCCCAAGAAGAGCAAGGCCCCCAUGGACGAAUCACCCGCAGCCAGACGGCAGCUCCUGUUUCCGUCGUUGCCCCCUCCAUCAAAUCUGCCGUCGCCCGUCCCUUCGCCCCCUCCUUCCGCGCCAAAUCCCGUGGUGGAACUGGAAGACGACUUCUUGGCGAAGAUUCUUGCGGACCCAGAGAUGAACUGGUCCUGGGAAGAGCUAUCUGCGCCCUUGCCCUGCUCAAUGACGGCAGUGGCACCGGCCCUGCUGGGAUCCUGCCAUGGAAGUCAGUGCGCUUAACAGAGUUCUUGCAUACAACGGCCAUCUCUGAAGAUGUUCACCUCCGGCCUCUCUACUGCUUCAGUCAUUCAAGAUCUCAUCAUACCACUUCGGCUAAGUCACUUAGUUAAACUAGUCACAACCUUUACUGUUACGCUUACUUUGUUUGCUAAAAGCAAACCAUAAGCAUUUUACUCUAUAUCAUAUACUCUACGGCAUCAUGGCUCAGUUUUGGGAGCAAUAUAUCAUGCCAAAUUUUGUAGCUUCUCACCCGAUGGUAGUUACGAGUUACUUUUGACUCUUGGUUGUGUCUUCUGUGAUGGAAUUACUGUUUGGUAUCUUAACUAGGACGUGAUAUGUACCCAAUCCUCCACUGUUAAGUUUGAUGCUAUCUUCUGAUGUGCAAUGUGGAUCUUAAUUUCUGCAGUAGAUAAUGUCAGCUGAACCUCGUUUCCCCUUUUUCUGAAUUUAGCACUGCUACUGAAUUGUUGAAUACAUGCCGUGUCCUGUUGUUCUCCAUAAGCUUUGUUAAUUCUGCAAUAUCUUUGUUAUAGGCUAGAAAUAGGUUUAGAUUUUCUUACCGGGGUCUGUGGAACUACUGUGAAUGUUCAUCUAUUUUUUCUGAAUGCAGCCGGACUUUUGUAACUUCUUUGUUGUUGGAUUUCUGGGCAUUACUGCAGAAUGGUCAAAAUUUGUAGCUCGAUUGCUGUAGUGAACUGAAGAUGUGCUUGGUAUUUUACGUGUGCUCAGAACUUAAAUAUGUGUUUUGCUUACAAAAUAAAAAUCCUGACACAAUUUGUGGCUGGUGUUUUCUAGAUGGGUCUUGUACAUUCAGUAGUUUUUUGCCUGACACUUUAACAUACAUCAUAUCUUGUUUGGAGGAUACAGGUAUUGUUCAUUGUUGGAUUUCUGGGCGUUACUCCACAACGAUCUUACAGAAUCUGUAGUACAAUUGCACAUAAAACUUUCUGACACAAUAUGCAGUUCCCUUUCCUAAGUUGUUGUUUUUUAGAUUCAGAUGAUUACACAGUUUUGCUUGACAGGUGUUUUCCUUUUGCUGCUGGAACGACAGAUACUUUCAAUAAAAUUCUUCUUCACCUCGGCUCGAACUGCUGACACGAAUGUGGGACAUGUUCGAUUUCUUCUCUGAAGAAGAAAUGGUGCUUCAGUUGAGCUCCUGCCGACAUGGAUACACAUGGGCCCAGAGGAUUGGGUUGGGGGCCCUGUGAUGAAAACCUCAGGAAUCAUAGAGGGAUUAGUGAUGCAAGCAAGUUGCAGUUGGUUCAGAAGAUUGGGCUGUAAAUUCUUAGACCUAGGAUUGCAAUUAUGUAUGAUGCUACAAUUUUGAUCCUGAUGUAGCUGUAAAAGACAAGUGGGAUUGAACUAUCAUAUCAAAUGAAAAGACCUCAGCAUGCGUACGUUACCACAGGAUUAGCCAAUUUUGGGCUGUAAAUUCUUACUCAAUUAAGUGUUAUGUUACAA